AUGAACGAACCGACAGUCCCACCGGCGGCAGCCCUAGCAGGGUUACGACCUUCAGCGACGAUGCUGGCGCCAACAACCUCCUCUGGCCCUAGCCAACCGUCCCAACCAUCAUCCUCCCAACCCUCUCAGCAAUCACAACCACAAUUACAACCCCAACUCCCGACGCCGCCUUCGCACACCGGCCCGGCCAUCCCUGUAACCCUCAACGAAGCUGCCCUCGACUCACCGACCUUCCGCGCCACCGCCGUACACUUCUCCGACCAACUCGACGCCAUUGAGCGCUGGCUCGAGAACUACGUCCGCAGCACCUCCAAGCUCGUGCACGACGUGCUCGCGCUCGAAGACUCGGUCGGCUCCUACCUCUCCAAGAUCUCGCCGCCGACUAUCGCCUCGCCCGUUGACUCGCACGUUCUCGAUGCCGACUACACGGUGCCCGCGCUGCGCCGGGCCGCCGACGGCGCGCGUGACUGGUGGGGCGGCAUCCUCGCCGUGGUGCGCCGCCUGGAGCCGGCCAGCGUCGAGCCGAUCCGCGCCUACGUCCAGGGCGAGCUGCGCACCUUCCGCGAGACCCGCCGCAUCCUCGAGGCCGCCCAAAAGACCUUCGACGCCACCCUCGCCCGCUACGUCGGCCAGAGCAAGACCAAGGAGCCCAGCUCCCUGCGCGAGGACGCCUUUGCCGUCUUCGAGACCCGCCGCGCGUACCUCAAGGCGAGCUUGGAUUACUGCCAGAUGGCGCCGCAGGUGCGCGCGGGGCUAGAUAAGCUGCUCGUGCGCGUCUGUGCCGAUGUUGGGCGGGAGAUGCGGCGCACGGGUGGUCAGGCGGCCGGCCUCGGUGGUCAAAAUGCGUGGGGAAGCGAGCUGGAGAGGAUCAGGGGCUGGGCGAGGGAGAUGGAGAUGACCGAGUCCGUGUUUAAGAGGGAGGCGCAGAUUGCGAGGCGGGAUAUCGGCGAGAGCACGUUGGCCGUGUAUAAGCCGUCGAGGGAGCUGGAAGACUACAGCAUCUCGACCGUGCCGUUCCUUGGCUCCAAGGGGCCCAUGAGCAUCCAGCGGGGCGACCAGGCCGCCGUCAUCUCGGAAAAGCAAGGGUGGCUGUUUCUGCGUGUGCUGUCUGGGAAGCCCGUUAGGACGGCCUGGACACGCCGGUGGUACUACUGCCGUGAUGGUAUCUUCGGGUGGUUGAUCCAGGGCCCCCAGGGCGUGCUACAAGGCGACGAGAUCGGAGUGCUGCUGUGCAGCGCGAGGCCGGCGGUUCAGGAAGAGCGCCGGUUCUGCUUCGAGAUCAAGACCAAGACGCAGACCAUCAUGCUGCAGGCCGAGACGCAAGCACAGCUGAUCGAGUGGCUCGAGGUGUUCGAGGUAGCCAAGAAGAAGGCGAUCGAGGCUAGCAUGGGCCGGGACCAGAGCUCGCUUCUGGGAGGGACCGACCCGGCCUUCUCCAUCACUCCACCGUCGAUUCCGGAGUUCUCGGCCAAGAUGCUCGACAAUCUUGACGAGGCUAGCGUGGUGGAAAGGCAAACGACUCUCCCCGUCCCGGGCCCGGACGGGAACAUGGUGCGAGCGAGCUUCGACGCUCCUCCCCGCAGGGCGAUUACUACUCACCUUGGCCGGGAGGAUGGCGAGAGUGGACGGGAGCAUGCUGCGCGUAUCAUGCAGAAGUUGGAUUUGCACCGCAAAUCGGCCUUCACGGGCUCGAUGGAUCCGUCCAGCGCAGGAACGGGAGCCAGCAUGACCUCGAGCACGGCGACCUCUCCUCAUCUCGGGUACCCUCCUCCGCUACGCGUCCCUAAUUCCCUGCUCGAUCAAACCCCAGGAAGUUUGGCUCCUAUCACUCUGGCGAGGCCGCCUGUCGCGACCAAUCUGAGCAAAACCGCCAUACUGGCGAGUGCUAAUGCAGGAGCCUCUCGUGGCCUGCCGAGCGCGGUCCUGGCCAACUACUGGGGAAGCAGUCCCUAUACGUCCAUGUAUUGCCCUACUCCUUCCAUUCCUAAUACUCCCAAGCCGGAUAUGAGCGAUCCCUUCGUGGCCACCGCCAUGCCUAGGACGCCAACGGUCGAGAAGCUGCCUACGCCGGCCAACUCGCACAGGAAGACGGUGAGCGUAGACGCCACAGCUGCAGACAUCCGCAUCCGAGAGCAGGCGCCGUCGGAGAAGUUCCCACUCAACUACCCUCCCGAGCUGAGGGCGCAGUACGCGCAGUUCCGGCUGUUCUUCCCAACAGCGCUUCCAGAUGACAAGCCUGUGUUGGUAUUCAACGCCGCUUGGUCCAGCGCGUCACCCGAUAGCAAAGACGCGGGAAUGGCCGGUAACGGACGCAUCUUUGUCACGCCGGACCGCAUGUACUUUUACGGCCACCAAAUGGGUCUGGUCGUGGCGUAUGCCAUCAACCUCGAUAGCAUCACGGAGCUGACGGCUGCACCAGGCCGGGAUUGCGAUUUCAUCUUCCUGCAUCUGAACCAGGACAUGCCGGACAUCACAUACUCGCGGAUCACCAUCAAGGUGUUCCUAGAGGAUUUCUCGCUCCUCCAGUCCCGCCUCAACCUCUUGGUUGAUGACCUCCAAGCGGCAGAGCCGAUGGAACUGUCUGAGAUCAUUGCAACACUGUCAACCUUGAAUAAGGAGCAGGACGACAAGCGGAGCCCCAGCGUUGAGAGCUGGGAGGAGGUGUCAUCCAACACACCGGCUGACAACGGCACACCAUUUGGCAGGCCCGUCUUGAGACGGGGACAGGAUUCGCACGGCCGUAAUAGGUCACGCGGCCUGAAGAAGUCGAACCAUAAGCUCCAGUUACCUACGCACCCGGUAACGUAUGAACCUCAAGGCAUGGGCAAGAGCGUGGCCGAGCGGCACUUUGAGAUUAGUGCCAAGUCAUGCUUCCAUGUUCUCUUUGGAGACAAGAGCUUCAUUCUCCCUAAGCUCUACUUUGAGCGCGGCGCGAAGGACAUCACCCAAGGACCCUGGGAGCUGAAGGACCACGGUCUUAUGAAGCGGCAGUUCCGCUUCAAGGUUGACUACGUCGACAUGCUCGGCCGCAAGAAGCCGGUGGAUGUCACUGACUCGCAGACCAUUGACAUCUUUAACGACCACAUCACUUACGUGGUCACGCACAUCAAGACCCCAUGGCACCUGCCGCACUCCCACGCCUUUAAGCUCGUCACCAAGGUGGUCAUCACGCACCUCGCCAAAUCCAAGUGCAAGCUGGCCAUCUACACCAAAGCCGACUGGUCCAAGACGCCCGCCUUUGCCUGGAAGAACAUGGUGCAGCGUCAAGCGCUCGACGACGCGGCCAACGAUGCUGACGAGGUCGCCGACAUCGCCACGGAACAAGUGCGCAAGCUCGGCCCGCACAGCCGCACCAAGCGUGCCAUCCAGGUGUACGGCAACAUUGGCCAGCAAACCCAGAUUGUCGUCUUCUCGCCCGACACCACCCCCGAGGGCCAGCAACUGCUCCAGAAGUCCGGCACCGCGGCCGUGCGCCCACGCACGCUGACCGACAUGAUGCUGGAGACGGGGCGGUCGUUUAUGGAGAGCGCCAUCACCAGCGUCAUGAUGUGGGCCUUUGCCGCGGUGAGGCGGAUCUUCAAGAUCGUCACUGCGAACAGACUCAUCCUGCUGCUGCUGGCGGCCAGCGCGGCAUAUAACCUGGUGGUCAUCUCCCAGGCCAGCUCGACGUGGUGGGUCGAGCGCAAGUCGGCGCGGUACAUGAGCCGGCUGGGCGUCGGGCCGAACUUGAUGAUGAGCAAGGCCAUCUAUCUGGCUGAUCUGGACGAGGCGGCGGGUAAUAGUAAUAAUACUAUGGCCCCGAGGAAAGACGGCGGAAGCCAAUGCUACACCACCUUCCAAACCCUCCUCAACGCCACCACCCUCAGUCUGGACGCCCCCUACCAAGACGCGGGGCGCGCAGGAGCCGGGGCGGGGACGACCGAGUUCGGAUCGGCCACCAGCCGGGCGACGGCGCGGCGCGUGCGGCGCGUGCGCCAGCGCAUGGGCGCCUACCGCCACGACCUGCUCGUCGCCAUGCGUGUCGUUAACAAGGUCGAGCGCGAGAUGCUGCACGCCGAGUGGGAGAGCUGGUUGGCGGGGGGAGACUAG